GAUAAGCGAUGGUUUGCUGUUACUGGACUGAUACGCUUAACAUUUAAUCAUGAAACCCGACGGUAAAGUACAAAAUGCUUGCGUUAUAGUGUUGGGUGAUAUCGGCCGUAGUCCGCGCAUGCAGUACCACGUUAAAAGUCUUUCGGAAAAUGGAUUCACGGUGGAUUUCAUCGGCUACAUAAGCUCGCCACCGCUGGAAGAGAUCCGCAGCAGUCCCAACGUGCGAAUUCACGAGCUUAAUCCUUUUCCCGAGCUUGAGCUUCCAACCAUCUUAAAGUAUCUUUUUAAAACGAUAUGGCAAGCCCUCGGACUGCUUAUAACGCUGAUGAGCAUCCGCAAGCCGAAGUUUAUCCUGUGUCAAAAUCCUCCGGCCAUUCCGGCGAUUAUCGUUGCUUACAUGUACUGCCUUUUGGCACGGUCAAGACUCAUUGUCGACUGGCAUAACUAUACAUACUCCAUCCUGGCUAUAGAAUCUCCGAACUCACCUGUUACAAAAAUAGCCAAGAAACUAGAAGCUUUUUUUGGUGCCAGAGCGUCCCACGGCUUCUGUGUCACCAAAGCAAUGCAAGAAGAUCUGAAGGCUAGCUGGAACGUCCGGGCUACCGUUUUGUACGAUCGGCCACCGCAGCAAUUUCAGUCUAUUUCGCUCGAAGAAAAACAUAAGCUGUUCCUACGCCUUGGAGAAAACAUAAGUGCCUUCCGAGCGGUCACGUCAGCUGCCGAUAUUGGCAUUGUAGAGCGGACCGCUUUUACUACCAAAUACAGCAACGGAGACGUGAAGUAUGUCGAAAAGCGCCCGGGUUUGUUAAUUUCCAGCACCAGCUGGACACCAGAUGAGGAUUUUAGUACUCUGAUUAGCGCGUUGGACCAAUACGAACGAAUGUGCAGUGAAAACCCGGCUCACUAUCCGCCGCUCGUGUGCAUUAUUACUGGCAAAGGACCGCUGAAGGAAAAAUAUCGUCAAAUCGUUGCAGCGAAGAAAUGGAAAAGGAUAUCGCUAGAGAUGCCCUGGCUAGAAAAUGAAGAUUAUCCCAAACUACUGGCCAGCAGCGAUCUUGGCGUAUGUCUGCACUACAGUUCCAGUGGGCUGGACCUUCCAAUGAAGGUAGUGGAUAUGUUUGGAUGUGGGUUGCCUGUGUGUGCUGUAGAUUUUCAAUGCAUUGCUGAAUUGGUUAGACACGGAGAGAAUGGUUUCGUCUUUCAGGAUCAUCAGGAACUGGCAGAACAGAUAAGCAACUGGUUUUACGAUUUUCCAAACAACAUCGCGCUGACGAACAUGAAGCAGGAAAUGCAGCGACAUUUAAAACAGUUUCAGUCACUCCGUUGGGCUGAAAAUUGGAAAAAUACUGCCCUUCCCAUUUUCAAUGAGUAGUAGGAGUUAGUUUGCCUGGAAUUAUUGUUUUUUCUAAUAUUUGUUUUUCUAACCGUGCAUAUUGAAAUAGAGAUGAACUAAAUAAUAAAAGAGAAUUA